AUGUCUAGCGAGAGCCAGAACCUUGUUGGUCCCAUGCACCUCCGGCCGCCUAGAGUGGCACCCGGACGAUCAUGCAUCGCAUGUCGCAGACGGAAAAUCAAAUGCGACAGAGAGCAGCCUUGUGCUUAUUGCGUCAAAAUCAGAGUCCAAUGCGUGUAUCCGGCGUCUGAAAAGGAAUCCAAGCGACCGGCAGAUGACGAUGUCUCUGCUCGAUUGAAGCGCAUCGAGAAGUCAUUGGCAAGACUAGAGGCGAGCUUCUUGAGUGAAAGUUCGCCUCGUCCGCGAGAGGAGAGUCAAGAUGCCGCCACCAAAGAGACCCCCAACCAAGAGGUCAACAAUACCCAAUCGACGCCUGGGGGAAGUGGCCGGCUGGUUGUCGAGGAAGGCGACACGCGAUACGUGAGUGGCAGUUUUUGGGCCGAGUUGGAGGACGAGGGCGAAGGCGAAUAUCACGAUCUUGCACCCAAUACUGGGGCUGCAGCAGACGUAACAAGCGCCUCACCCUCAGAUCCUACGACACUCACUGGCUUGCCCUCCUACCAGCGGUUCAUUUUUGGCAUGACUACAACGCCCGAAGCAAGUGGCCUCCAACAUCUUCAUCCACCCGAAGCACGCAUAUUCACCUUAUGGCAAAUAUAUCUUGAGAACGUCGAUCCUCUGUUGAAGCUUCUCCAUGCCCCAACUGUCCAGCGUCAGCUUUUGAGGGCCAGCACCCAUUUGGACAAGAUACCGCCUCCCGUGGAAGCACUCAUGUUCGCCAUCUAUUUUGCCGCGGUGACGAGCUUACAGAGCUCCGAUGCCACCCGAGGUCUUCUUCAGCAAGAACGACCAGAUUUAUUGAAUCGCUAUAGGGCGGGUAUUGAACAGUCUCUCGCCAAUGCAAAUUUUAUGACCACUCCAGAUGUGGCGACCUUGCAGGCUUUGACACUCUACCUGAUAUGUGCCAGGCAGACCGUCGACAAAGCUUACAUCUGGUCAAUGGUCGGUCUACUUUAUCGAUUGGCGACAAAGCUUGGCUUGCAUCGAGAUCCAGUUUCGUUAGGCCUUCCACCGUUCAUGGCUGAGAUGAGAAGGCGGUUGUGGUGGCAAAUCUGCAUACUGGACGUACGGAUUGCAGAAGACAACGAUAUGGAUCCGUUGAUCUGCGAGCAUAAUUUCGAUACGCAAUAUCCCAGCAACGCCAAUGAUGGUGACUUGGAUAUGAACAUGACCGAACCCCGCGAGGCUACCAACGGCCGAACAGAGAUGUUGUUCUGCUUGACCAGAUUCGAGAUAAGCUAUGCAGCCAGGAAGCUGGUCUUCUCUGAAAAGUUCAGCUCGGACAACGGCUACCCUUCUAUGAAUCUUGCUGAGAAAACAGACCUCAUCGACAAUGUCGUGAAUGAUUUGCAGGAGAAAUAUCUCAAAGACUGCGAUUUGGAAAUUCCCAUCUGCUUUCUCGCCGUUACCGCGUCGAGAUUAGUGCUUGCGAAAAUGAAGUUGACCAUCUACCAUCCGGCGCGUACACAGUCCUCUAGCUUGUCUCACGAACAAUUCAUAGCUCUUGUGGCGAGUAGCAUUGACAUCAUUGAGUAUGCUCACCAGCUCAGAACGGAUCCGAAGUAUUCACGUUGGAUAUGGCUGUUUCAGCAAUAUGUCGAAUGGGAUGCAGUCGCAUUCUUACUGUCCAGCUUGACAGUCUCACCCUUGCCAUCCUUCGCGACUAGGGCAUGGAAAGCAAUAGAUGGCUUCUUGGAGGACUGGAAGAGCCAUGUACCCCAUGGUCAACGGGAGAGGAGAUGGCGACGGCUUCUUGCACUUCAAGCAAAGGCGAGGGCAAAACAAGGAGCUACCCCCGAACGUGAUGUCCAACCCAACAAGCAAAUUCCGAUUUCAUUGGGAACAAGCAAGGAAAUUCCCGCGAAUGCAAUUCAACAGACCAAUGCAAUGAUUCAAAUUCCGAGUCAGGUAUUUUCAGAAGCUGCUGGUCCACUACAAGGGUGGCCGCUACAUCAGAGCCUUGCCUUACCCCCAAGUCAGUUUUCACAAGCCGAUAACAAUCAGCAAGCAGCAAGACUCAAUAUGACUUAUUAUCCCUCAAUCAUCUCAAAUUCGGCUACUCAGGGCUGCUUUGAUGACUGGGGCUUCGACAAUACUCCGUACCCAAUGUAUGCUGCAGCAAGCUGGGAAGUGAGCGUGGAUGAAGAUUGGGGUGCCCCAUGGCUCUAA